UUAGCUGUAUAUGGUAUGUGGUUGACGUUUGCCUGCCAACUGGUAACAUUAGUGUAUUUGGUCAAGAAAGUCGUGAAAGCCACAUCAGUGUGGACAGACGUGUUAACCAGGCAUCUGCUGUCAGUGUGUGACCAGUUUCACCGCCGACCUGCUGACACUGGGGAUCCCCAUCUCAGCAUGCCUCACAAGAGCAAAAAAGAGAAGGAAUCCUCUAAAUCUGGAAAACCUAAAAAAUCUGGAAGUAAAAAUGGGCCUGCAGACGACCAAGAUGGCUCCAGUAAGAAAGUGCCUCCCGCAACUCAGCUGAUGAGGGUAAAGCAGCCAGGGUCGCACUCGGCCGUGAAGAGGGAGAAGAGGUUCAGCACUUCGUCUUUCCCCCUCAGUGCUAACAGGGAGCUACAAAAACUACCUGCACUGACAGAUGUUGCCCCCGCAGAGCAGGAGAAGCUCUUCAUCCAGAAGCUACGACAGUGCUGUGUUCUUUUUGACUUCCUGUCCGACCCGCUGAGCGACCUGAAAUGGAAGGAAGUGAAGCGGGCGGCGCUGAGCGAAAUGGUGGAGUACAUCACCCACAACAGGAAUGUCAUCACAGAGCCCAUCUACCCGGAGGUGGUGCACAUGUUUGCAGUGAAUAUGUUCAGAACAUUGCCCCCAUCGUCCAACCCUACUGGAGCGGAGUUUGAUCCAGAAGAAGACGAGCCAACACUUGAAGCUGCAUGGCCACACCUCCAGCUCGUCUAUGAAUUUUUUCUUAGGUUUUUAGAAUCGCCCGACUUUCAGCCUAACAUAGCGAAGAAAUACAUCGACCAGAAAUUUGUUAUGCAGCUCCUAGAACUAUUUGACAGUGAGGAUCCCCGAGAGAGAGACUUCCUCAAAACUACCCUCCACAGGAUCUAUGGAAAGUUCCUGGGGCUGAGAGCGUACAUCAGAAAACAGAUCAAUAACAUUUUCUAUAGGUUUAUCUAUGAGACAGAGCACCAUAAUGGUAUAGCUGAACUACUGGAAAUACUUGGAAGCAUAAUCAAUGGAUUUGCCUUACCACUAAAGGAAGAGCACAAGAUUUUCCUGUUGAAGGUUUUAUUGCCUCUGCACAAAGUCAAAUCACUUAGUGUCUACCAUCCACAGCUGGCCUACUGCGUGGUGCAGUUUUUAGAAAAGGACAGCACUCUAACUGAGCCGGUGGUAAUGGCUCUACUAAAGUACUGGCCAAAGACUCACAGUCCCAAGGAGGUGAUGUUCCUCAAUGAGCUGGAGGAGAUCCUGGACGUUAUCGAGCCCUCUGAGUUCGUUAAAGUGCAGGAGCCUCUUUUCAGACAGCUGGCCAAGUGUGUGUCCAGCCCGCACUUCCAGGUGGCAGAGAGAGCUCUGUACUACUGGAACAACGAGUACAUCAUGAGUCUGAUCAGCGACAACGCAGCAAAGAUUCUGCCAAUUAUGUUCCCUGCUCUUUACCGCAACUCUAAGACCCACUGGAACAAGACCAUCCACGGCCUCAUCUACAACGCUCUGAAGCUUUUCAUGGAGAUGAAUCAGAAGCUCUUUGAUGAUUGCACUCAGCAGUUCAGGGCUGAGAAAAACAAAGAGAAGGCAAAGUCAAAAGAACGCGAAGAGGCUUGGAUCAAGAUCGAGAACCUCGCCAAGUCAAAUCCACAGUUGCAGCAUGACCAGCGGAAAGAGCGGCCUAUGGUGCGACGCAAAUCUGAGUUGCCUCAGGAUAUCUACACCACAAAAGCCUUGGAGUCCCACCGCAGAGCUGAAGACAUGUUGACCACCCACGAUGGACUCUAGGUCCCGCCAUCUGCCGGCUCUUGGUUCAACUGCCCCUUUUACCCUCGACAGCCAUGGACAUUCUUUUCGCCCAGGCGCCAGAAUUACACUGACGACCCAUGUUGGGCUCUCCAUCCCUCCUCCCACCAUCACUUUACCCAGAAUCCUUAGUUCUCCUUCAUUCCUGCUGCCCCAGUGCAGAAGCCCUGUAUCCGCCUCCCUCAGAUUUCUGCUUUCUCAGGUUUUAAUCUUUAUUUGGAGAGGAGCUGGAGUGUGUUUGUGUGUCUUUUAGCCCUCACCACAUUCAGUGUGUUCUCAAAUUAUUUUCCCCAUCGGUUCCUCUUACCUUCCCUUCUCCUUCCCCUGUGUGCUCACUUUAACUUUGGAACCUGGGAGAAUGGACGCCACAGCGCUGGUUCCUUCAUUCCUUCUUGUAAACGUGUUCACAAUGGGUCGGACAUGGAAACAUAGGAACUGACUGACUCACUGUCAAGGAUCGUCUCUUGGUCUCUGCUUUGGUUUUCUUUUCUGUCAAAGGGAACAAAAAACAGAACCUGUUGGUCAGAUGAAAUACAAGACUUUCCUGUCAUCUGUUGUAUGUUUUCUUUAUUUUGUGCUCAAUCUAACGGACAUCUUGUCAGUGCCAAGACCGUUGUGUUCUUUGUUUGUUUCAUGUUUUUAUCUGUGACUUUAACAGAGACACAUGCCUUUGUUUUUCACUGGUGUUUGAAAGAUUUGUUGUUGUUUUUUUGUUUGUUUUUUUGUUUGUUGUUUUUUUUGUUUAGCACACCAGACCAAACUGAGGCCUGUCCUUAGCCUUGCAAUGUCCAGGAAAGAUGGCGAGGAAAGUAGAAGUUGUCCUGUGGAUAUCUGACACUUUCCAUUUUAUUGUUUUGUGCCAUAUGCCGCUCUUUUAUAUGCUUGCUUCUUAUGUUCCUUGGCAAUAUUUGAAAACCAGACCAUAGUGAUGCCUAAGCAGUUCAAACAAUGGUACUUACUGUUUUUGAGUUUAGUAGAUGAAGAUGAACCUGAAUGAAAGCUAUAUGUAUAUAUUUGCUACCUAAGUUGCAAUAGCAAUAUCCGGGGCUUGGAUGUAGCGAUAAUCAGAUUAGUUUUUGUUGAAUGGGAGGGGAGGCACAGAUCUGUACUGUCGCACACAGUUUGUGUGUGACACCUAAAAACGCCACUCACUGACAGUUUUCAGCAGCCGUUAUUGGUACUGUGUGCUAUAAAGAUUUUCAUGUCCUAUAAUUUAAAAAUAGAAAUUAAUUUAUUAUCAAACAUAAGAGCCGGUGACCUCAGUAGGUAUUAACACACUGACACAUUAAAUGAUUAAUACACAAAUUACUUGAUGAGAGCUACCAAAAAAAUGAGAAAUUGAAAGGUGUGACAUGUUUGUGUUGCUACCAUUCCUAAUUUCAGGUGUUUGGUUUGUGGGUUAUGUAUAGUGUAUCCUUCUCAGUGAGGAAGUUAUUUAAGGUUGGAAAAUAUCUUUCAGUCAGUACCAUUGUUUAAACUAAGGAGGUCUGCUAGAGUUCUUCAUAUUUGAUGUGUUGUAUUUUUUUGUCUUGUCUCUGGAGGUUAGUAGCGUGGAUGUCAGGUUUUGGAUUUUUUUCUUCUGGCCAUUCAGGAUGCCCAACGCUGAAACACACUGGUAUCAAAUGGCCACAAAAAUGCCAGAUGCUGAAAAUAAACUGACAUUGUGACUUGGCUUGUUAACUGUAUUAAUACUGUAUUUGCUUGAAUGCAAAAAGAUGUAAAUUAAAACUACCAUGUUAAACAUGUACCUUUUACCCUGGAGGAAUGCCAUUCACCAAAUUGAUUAUUUCUGUUGUCGAGGUCAUUGCAUUUAUGAAACAGUCCUGCUUGCUGGGAGAGAUGUUUUAUGGAUUUUAUGAGUUGAGUCAAGAGAUGUAUGAGGUUUAUUUUAGUGCUGAAAAACAAGUCAUCUGCAAUAGCAAGAGAUGAUUUUAAAAGUGAUUUGGUGGCUUGCUCUCUUUCUGCAGGAUGUUUGCAGAUCUUUUAAUUUUAACAUAUUAUUUCCAAAACAUGAUAACUUAAAGUGUCCUUUUUGUAUGUGAUCUGUACUAUAUGAUUCAUUUAAUAUUGUAUAUAUGAUUUACCUUAUUUCAUGUAGUGUUAUAUAUCUAGAUUAAUUUUGUACAAAUUGUCCCUCUGUACAGAAUAAAACAUCAAUAGCAAGUGAAAGAAGUCAAUCUGGCACAUACCGUCUUAUUUCUCCUGUUUUGGAUGUACUUUCAGCAACACAGGAUUUAGAAAAUGUUCUUAUUUUUUAUUAAAAUCUGCAGUUUCCUCCCUCCCCUACAUAACUGACAAAUGUUCAUGCCCAUUGUGUGCUCCUAUCACUGUCUUUAGUGGUGUACAACUAUAUAGAAUGAAUAAAGAGAUUAUUUGACUAUAUAUUUUCAA